UUCUUUGUGACGUUUUGUUUUCCUGAAACGUGAAAACUUCGCAUACAUAUGGUUAAGUCUUGUCUUAAGUCCGUAAUCUAAGGGUAACUACAUUUCUUUUCUGUCUCAUAUUCAAACUUCACUUUUGAUAUACCGAAUCAAAGGUUAUAAAGCUGCACCAAGUCAUAAAUACUGAUUCAUACGAUUCUUAAUCUUGGGAGUCGAUACUUAAUCAAAACAAAUAUUCUUGUACACAAAAUUAGGUGAUACAACUCAAGUUCUUGACUAUAUAUUUUUUGUUUGUAUGGAUUUUUGUUGUUUUUAUCUUAUAAAACGUCGUUUCCACUUCAAGAUAGUAUAACCAUGAAAUAGUAGAUCUGAAGUCACUUUAAAAUGCUCUCAUCCAUCUAAGUUUCAUCCAAUCUUUCAAACUUCCUCAUCAUUUUUGUUUUUGAACGCCUUUCCAUAUCCAUCAGAAUCUAGUUUAAGCUUCGUUGUCGUCCAAAACAUAGCACCUUACCCGAUUUUCGAAAGCGAAACAACAUCAAUUUGCACUAUUUAACUCAGUUCAUCAAGAAAAACCAUGAUCUAAGCUAAAUGUUUUAGGCAGUUUUGUGAUUAUCUUUCUUCAUCUAAAAUUUCUAAAAUUUACACUUCCACCAGUUCCCUAUUUAGUUUCGAUUGACUUGCUGAUUUUUACUAGAUUUAAUCAACUUCAUUUUGACAAGUUAUCAUCACACAAAACAACAGUGAAACCAGACCGGAUUUUAAAUUGUUUGAAAAAAAAUCGGAAAAAAGAAGAUGUUAUUUGAGAAGGCACUGAAGACAGUGUCUAAGAGUGCGCCCGGGAGUGACAAUGACUUCGCGGACCAGCUCAACUUCAGAUACACCAGUGGCAUCUACUUACUCUGUGCUCUGGCUGUCAUCAGCCGAUAUUACGUCAUGGACGGAAUACAAUGUUGGACUCCCACGUACUUCGCGGGUGCGUGGAUCGACUAUGCGAACAACCUGUGCUUCAUCAAGAACACCUACUACCUGCCCAUGGACGUGACAGUGGAAAAGGGGCGGGAGGAGGGGCUGACGUACAGCAUCACUUACUACCAGUGGAUCCCCCUCUUCUUCAUGUGGCUGGCCAUGUGCUUCUACCUCCCCCGUGCAGUCUGGUUCAACGUCUUCAGCCACCACUUUGUCGACAUCAAUGCCAUUGUUGACCUGUUGACCUCGUUCGACAAUGCGGUCAACCCUGAGACACGUGACCCUGCGGUGCAACAGGUCGCCAAGCAUAUUCACAGGUAUCUGUGCAACUCGACCGAAUACAGAGAGACGGCAUUCUUUGAAGCCAGGAAGUCAGUGACUAAGAAGUGCAAGACAUUCGCCUUCUACAUCGGCAGAAGGUACGGUCUCCAAGUGACCUUGAUCUACCUCAUCAUCAAGUGUCUCUACAUCGCCGUGGGCAUCACCCAACUCUACUGGAUCGACUCUUUCCUCAGAGGUGCUGAGGCUCAGAACUGGACUAUGAAGGGCUACUACUACAAUCUCUUUACAUCUUCAUACGUUCUACAGGUGUUGAGGAGUCUGAGAAAUGGGACGAACUGGGAGAACUCGCCCAGCUUCCCCCGAGUGACCAUGUGCGACUUCGAGACGAGAGCUCUUGGGCAGAACCAGAAGUUCAGCAUCCAGUGUGUCCUACCCAUCAACCUGUUCAACGAGAAGAUCUUCCUCUUCCUCUACUGCUGGAUCAUGAUGGUAGUGCUUAUAACUAUUACUAACUUGUCUCUGUGGAUCUACAGAAUCGCAUUCGCCUUCAGUCGGCAGAAGUACAUCAUGAAGCACUUGACACUCAUGGGGAGGAUCGACGAGAAGAAUCGGAGGUACAGUGUGCGGGUUACUAAGCGACUGAUCCGAGUGUUCAUCCACGACUACCUCCGACCGGACGGGGUGUUCCUGCUCCGGCUGAUCGCCAUUAACACCAACUGUCUCAUCGCCAGUGAGAUCAUAGCUAACUUGUGGGACGAGUUCAAGGACGACGAGAAGAUCGUCAAGAAGGCCGAACACUACAAUCACAAAGAGAGACAGAAGUUCGGUUCGGAUGCAGGGGCUGCGAGCAUAGCAGGGAGUGGGAUAGGCAACGACGACACUUACUCCACCAGCCAGGACAAGGUUGUAAUCAAAAGAAGAAGUCAGAAGGCUUUCUCCAUCUUCCAACCUAAUCUGGACGAUAGUCAAAUGAGUCCCACAACUCCAAAGGGUCUCUCGGAUCUGCAGAAGUUCCAGCGUCAGUACAAAGAAGGUAAAUCCGGCGAGCCCCCUCCGCCGGUCCAGAAAGUAGAGUUCCAGGGUUUGAGUGCAAUCCCGGAGCCCAAACCUAAAAAGAAGGAGAACUCGUUUUUUGUUUGUAUUGACUGCGACGACGAUGCUGAUAACGAAAGUGAAUAUGGAAACAUGAUUGACCCCCCUGCUCGGCUUCUUAAAAAACCCAAAUCACCUCGAAAGUCACUGAAAAACAAAAUGAGAGAUCUUUUCGUCUACAACAGUUCUGGAUCCGAAAGCGAUUUAUCUGACGAAGCGGUUCAAACAAUUCAUGGUAGUCCAAAACCGAAGCGGAAACGAGCAACUAAAAGUAUGUUGAAAAACUGUCUGUCCAUUGACGAGCCGAACUCGGAUGACGGAAACCGAGGACCCGACUCAGUACGAAGUGUGAACUCGGGGAGCCAGCAGGAGCAUCGGCAGGAUCCCUAUCCCGUUAAUCAGAGACCCGGGAUUGCGAGACCAUUUGAGGUCGGAAACGGAGUUAGUCCCCCAGCUUAUUCACAAGCAGCGGGGAUGGUCUCGAUGAAUCCAGGUAUCGGGGGAGACAGAGUGCCUAGAACACAAAUGUCAUAUGUACCAUCAGUCACAGGACUGCGAACUCAUAAUAACUAAAAAACAUGAUUGGCAGAUUGAAUUUAUGAUUUUUACUUGGUAAACAGCACCUGCUUAAAUGAAGUUAUAAAUGAGUACGUAAAGUAAUACACGAGACGGCUGUAGUAUGCGACAGUAGAUUAAUUGAAGCACAUAAAUUCACGUUUGUUUUUAGACAAGAGGGCAGCAAUCGUU